AUGGAAGAGGAAGGCAAAGAGGCUCUGUGGCUAUUGUUGAAACCGCAAAGAUUUCCAAGGCCUUUCAGUUGCAUUGUUAUGGUUGCAGUCUAUUAUCCUCCAGGUAAAGCGGCUACAAAUGAGAUAACUAUGAUUGAUUAUCUUACUAAUGGAAUCGACUUCAUUCUACAAAGCUAUCCCUCUGCUGGAAUUAUAAUCGCUGGAGACUUUAACAAAAUGAAAUUAGGAACAUUAUGUAAUUGUUUUGAUUUGAGGAAAAUUGUUAAGAAACCAACUCUCCAGAACAAUACUUUAGAUCAGAUGAUGACUAAUAUGUCGCCACUGUUUCAAGAAGUGCAACAUCUUCCUCCCUUAGGUCGAUCGGAUCACCAAUGCCUUCUUUUGAAUCCAAAACAUCGGACGAGUACACGCCCAAUAACUAAAACAUUUCGAUCGAUGAAACGUUCAAACAUAAUAGCUCUCGAGCUAAGACUAAGCAGAACUGUCUGGGAUGCAGUAUACGAAGCAGAAGACAUAGAUGACAAAGUCUCAAUUUUCAAUGGAGUUAUUAGUCAAGCUCCAGACGGAUGUAUGCCUCUGAAAUCCAUACGCCUACAUCCCACGGAUAAACCUUGGAUGACUCCGAAUAUUAAAGCAAAGAUUAAGCUUAGACAACGGGAUUUAACUCGUGGCAACAUGUCCCAGUAUAAUCUGCUAAGAGCACAAGUAGAAGAUAUGAUUAGGAAAGCCAAAUCAAAUUACCAUCAAAAUAAAGCUAAAACAUUCCGCACAUCUGACCCUGCGAAAUGGUACAAAGCAAUUUAUAAUCUGUCCGGAGUAAGUAGUCAGCAUGAAAGCCUAACUGUAAACUCCAUGGGUAGCAAGGCCGCUUUAGCAGAAGAAUUUCAAAUAUCCUUUACUGAACCAUGGAAAGACCUAAGUAUUCCCCAACUAGAUGAAGUUGAGUCACUUCUCAAAAACUUUCCUCCCCUCUACCUAGUAUUGGCCAGAUUAAGAGCGUCCUAA